ACCCCUGGCUGAAGGGGUUGUGAGCCCCAUGCAGAGAACAGGAGAGAACCAGGGUCUCUGGCGUUAUGGGGAGCUUGAUUAGCUAUAGGUGAUCCCCGAUGCUUCAGAGGAAAGCCAAAAAGCACCCCCGUCCCCGAUUGCAAUUGUGCCUCCACGAGUUGGGUGCCUCCAGCGUUGUAAGGAUCUGCGUCCAAAUGCCUCCCGAGCCCUGUACAGUCCCUGCGCGCUCUACUCACCAUGCCCGUGGAGGAGUUUGUGGCUGGCUGGAUUUCAGGAGCUGUGGGGCUGGCCUUGGGGCACCCAGUGGACACAGUGAAGGUGCGGCUGCAGACGCAGUCUGGCUAUCGGGGGAUCCUGGAUUGCAUGAUCAAAACAUACCGCAAUGAAAUGGUCCUAGGCUUCUUUAAGGGGAUGAGUUUCCCACUGCUGAGCGUGGCCCUGGUUAACUCAGUGAUGUUCGGGGCCUACAGCAAUGCCCUGCUGUACCUGAGCGCUACCCACCACCACGACCGCCGCGCCAAGCCCCCCAGCUAUGCCCAUGUCUUCACCGCUGGCAGCUUCUCUGGCCUGAUGCAGGCCGUGGUCCUGGCUCCUAUUGACCUGAUCAAAGUUCGGCUACAGAACCAGCUUCACCCCUAUGGGCUGAGGAGUCCAGCGGGGGCCUCUGGAGCCCAGUACCGGGGCCCAGUGCACUGCGCUGCCAGCAUAUUUCGCAAGGAGGGGGUCAUGGGCCUGUUCCGAGGAACCUGGGCCCUGGUGCUGCGAGAUACACCCACUAUGGCCAUCUACUUCCUCACCUACACCAGCCUCUGCCAGGCCAUGACAGUGCAGGGGCGAGAACCAGGGCCAAUGACGGUUCUUGUAGCCGGGGGCUGUGCUGGCACCGCCUCCUGGACCUUAGCCACGCCCAUGGACGUGAUCAAGGCCCGGCUCCAGAUGGACGGGGUGAAGGGAGUGUCCUACCGCGGGGUCUUGGAUUGCAUCCGCAUCAGCGUUCGGCAUGAGGGACCCCAGGUCUUCCUAAAGGGCCUUGCCCUGAACUGUAUCCGUGCCUUCCCUGUCAACGCGGUGACCUUCCUGAGCUAUGAGAACAUCCUGAAACUCAUCUGCUGAGCCCCACCCUGCUCCCUGCAGCAUCAGGCCCCCCCAUCACCGCACUGGGGGCCAGCACUGACAGCCACUGGAGAGUACCCCCAACUGAGCCCCCUGCCCAGCUCCCUGCAACAGAGCGCCCCCUAGCGUUGUGCUGGGGCACGGAGGUCAGCACCAACUGUGAGAGGAAAGCAGGAUCACCCCUCCUACAAUCUAUCC